AGACACUAGUUGUGAUCACCUCUUCAGUUACUCAAAAAGAUCACUCCAGUGAAUUCUUCCUUCUCAAUAGAAUGCACAUAAUUUCAUCAGUGAGAUUCAUCAUCUUCUUGGUGAAUCUCUGUGUUACACUGGGAUCCAGGGAAGAAGAUAACGAAGGUAGCAAAUACAUUAAUCCACCGCGGCGGGGGGAAGGGCAGAAGAUGUUCCUCUUCUACAAAUCUAAUGCAAUCAAUGAAAGGCCCUGCAGCUGUCCCACACAGCAAUCUUGCAGCUGCUGCGAGGAUGUUACACUUCUACUUAUCAAAGCGCAAAGAAGACUUUGUGCUAAUUUGAUGUACCAACGCAAUGGACUAAACAUUGACAUCUCUCUGGAUUCGAACACGGUGAGAUCGAUGACCGUAACGAAUUACAGGCCCCUGAAGGUCUGCACGUUAAUACCCGGGAGUUUAUUUUCCGGAGUCUGUCUGAACCUCGUCGAGUUGAAUGCAUUCCCACGAUCUGUGACGGUCUGUCCGCGAUUCCAAAUAACUACCAAGGGUCAGGAGUGGAGAAUCAAUUACACAUGCGUCAGUAUUUCGACCGAGUUACCAAUGGCUAAUGUAACAACACCAAUGGCUGGAAUGUCGGCUAUGAUGCCGGGAGGUCCAAUGAACCAAAUGAUAGUGAAUUCUCAGAGUACACCGAUGCCGAAUAUGAUGGCUGGAGUUUCAAUGAGCCAAAUGAUGAUGCCACCUCCAGGUUCAACAAUGGCGAAUAUGAUGAGUGGAGGUCCAAUGAAUCAAAUGACGUUGCAACCUCAGCGCCCAACCACAUCAUCCCCAGGUACAACGACUAGAGGAGCCCCUGGAGGAAUACCUGGAGCACCAACUGGGGGAGUCCCUGGAGGGCCCCUUGGAGGAGGCCCUCCAAUGUCAACUGCAGGAGCUCCUGGAACGCUUGGGGGAGUACCUAGACGAUCUCCUGGAGGAUCAGCUGCAGAGCCCGGUGGAGAGCAAACACUUCCAGGGACCCCACAAAUAGUAGAAGGAACAGAAAUACCUGACAAUACUUCCAUCGAACUUGCGGCAGCUCUCACUUCGCUGAGUAAUGGACAAUCAAGUUUGAAAGCAUAUGGAGCUACGGAUCGUACAAAAUACUUCCCCAGCCGCCUUCCACCAGCUUAUGCAGCCAGUUUUCGACAUAAUUUCACUGUGGUAAAGUCAUAAAAUUAAGCUAAAUUUGAUAAAAAAUGUACAGCUUCAAAAUAUUAAAGGCGUGACGAACGUAGAUUACACCGAGAUUAAGUUAGAAUGGAUAGGCUUGUAACAUUAAUUCCUUUCUUUCAAGGAAGAGUCAAUAAAAAGUCCAAAU